UAGUAACCGAGCUGACUGAAAGGAAUUCAGGUUACGAAUCGCAACUCAUUGGCGUUAAGCCGCUCUUGUCUGGGAGGAGCUUUUUUUUGAUACUCGUUGUGUUUGGAGGAGUGAAGGAGCUGAACCGUAUGUUUUUGUGUACAGUGGCUGAGAAGCACAGAAAUAGUCUGUGAAGAUGCCGGAUAAAGAUAAUUUAUUUAACAGUGGUAAUGACGAGGCUGGCCACAGCUCAGAUGAUAUUUGCCGAGACUUCCUGCGCAAUGUCUGCAAACGUGGUAAGCGCUGCAAGUUCUAUCACCCUGAUAUUAAUGAAGUGUCUGACUUGGGCGUAAAGAAAAAUGAAUUUGUCUUUUGUCAUGACUAUCAGAACAAGGAGUGCACUCGCAUCAACUGCAAGUUUAUUCAUGGGACAAAGGAGGAUGAGGAGCAUUAUAAAAAGUCAGGAGAGCUUCCCCCACGCUUGCGCCUGACAGUGGCCAUGGGUCUUGGCCUUUCGCCAUCUGACCUCUCUUUUAAAAAAGGUGAGGUCCCAAUUUGUCGUGACUACUUGAAAGGUGACUGUCAACGAGGAUCUAAGUGUAAAUUCCGGCACUUAAAACGUGAUGAAUAUGAAUAUGAAAACAGAACUUUGGAGAGAUUGUCACGAGACCAAGUGAUUUCUCCUGUAGUGCGUCGAUAUGACCCAUUUGAUGACCUCUAUGACACUGAUCGCUAUGCUGAUUAUGACCAUGUUCUAAAGAGACGAAGAGUUGAUGGCUUGCGAUUUGAGAGUUAUGAUUUUAAUAUCCCAAAUUCGCGUCCAGUUGACUAUCGGUUUCUGGAGGAGGAGAAUCUGAUGCUUCGAAAGCGUGUUGAGGAACUCAAAAAACAGAUCUCAAAUUUAAUGGCAACUAAUGAGGUACUUUUGGAGCAAAAUGCACAUUUCCGCAACCAAACCAAGGUGGUCACGCUGACCUCCACUCCCACAGCAACAGAGCAAACACUGGCAGCACCAACUGUGGGUGCAAUCACCAAUUACAAUCAUGGAAUAGCACAGACUCACACCACUUUGAGCAGCCAAGCGCUUCAACCACGACCUGUCACCCAGCAAGACCUGGUGGCAACUGCUGGAGCUACUGCUGCACCACCUGCUAACGCUGCACCAACAGCCCAGCAUCUUAAUCCUGAGAUUGCUUCACUUCCUGCAGCGCUUGCCCAGACCAUUGCCCAGGGGAUGGCGCCUCCAGUCUCUAUGGCCCCAGUGGCUGUUUCUGUUGCACCAGUGGCAGUGUCAAUUGCACAAGCAAUGCCAGGAAUCACUAUUAGCCAUGCCACCACUCCAAUGGUUACUUAUCCAAUUGCAUCACAGAGUAUGAGGAUAACAGCAAUUCCUCACUGAGUGGUUAUAUGCAGGCUUUAGAAAAUGUUCUGUGUUUCUUUGUUGCUUCCCAUGAUGUGCAUUACAUAAAAAUGCACUCCAGAGUCAAAUAUAAUUCUGACCCAGCCUUUAGUUCUCUUUGUGAGUAAAUUCUUCCUCUUCAAUCUAUUGUUAUUUUUGGAUACUCGUUUAACCCCCCCCACUCCUGUUUUAGUGCACAGCUUGCCAAUCUUUGUAAAUCCAUCAUCUAAUAUAACUUUAAAACAGUUGCACAGGCUCUCCGGGGCGUUGCCUUCUAAAAGGUUUUGGGAUAAACAAGUCUCUGGGCUGUGGUGCUGCGCAAAAUAUUCAAACUGAUUCUGUAUCCCAAGCUUGGCUAUUUGCAUUCUUGACGCAAAAUUUUCAUAGCAUAUGAAAUUGUAAAUUAACAAAGCAAAAUAAAAAUAUUUUGAAGCUUUUGAUUGUGGAUAUUGCUGGCGCUGAAUGAUUGCUGCAUUUUCCCAGGUAGUGAUCACUGCACUCCAAAAACUAAUUCUCUGAAUCUUUUUGGAAUGUUUUGAUAUGACUGAGAUGUAAAUAAUUAUAAACCAUCCAGAAAGUACAAUUUAACCCUCACAAUUUUGAAAAUGCUCAUUACAUUGCUCUGUACCAAAGUGUUUAAUUAACUUGGAAGCCAUUGCGAUGAUUCUGUUUCUUAAUGACCCGAAAGUGUACUUUCAACUUUGUCAAUCUUCGCACAUUGGACCAAUCAGUAUGUAACAUAGGCUAUUCAAAUCCUGCCACACUGAUGGGAUUCAAAAUUUUUUUCUUUGCCAUCUGCAAGGAUGAUGCAUGACUGGAGGUUAAAAGAAUCUGAAUUCUGUUUCUGCUGGAAGCCAGUCUAUAACACAUUGGCAGUCUUACACUGGCCAGUUGACUGGAAGAAAUGGGAUGGGGAUUACACAGACUCUGUAGUUGUGCUCUUUUGAGCAUUAAAUAGUGUCACAGUAGAGUGAGUAUUUAAACUAUCCUUGCUGAACUCCCUGAUGCCAUUUGUCCUCGAGUUGUGUGAAUUCACAAUAUAAAAGAAAGGAAACUUCUGUUCACUUGACUCUUAAAGGCAAUAAAGCAAAUGUAGAGUGAAAUUGGAUAAAAAUAGUUAAAAGAGCAAAUGCCAGUGAUGAUUGCUCUGCACCUAAUUUGGGUCAGCGAUGCAGGAACUGCAAAACCUUUUGCAAAUUCUUGUUAAACUGGAAUAUAUAGAUAUAUUUUCACACCAAAUAUUGUAAUUUGUAUACAAAUUCAAGAAAUGUAUAACUUGUUCAGUUAAAAUAUACAGAAUAUUAAAAAAUACUUUGCACCUAAGGCAGCUUAACUGCUGACUUAUUUGGAGCCAGAAUGGAAGUGUUUGCACACAGUCUUUUGAAGUAUGCUGAGUCAAACUAUAAUGGAUUUGAGUGUGUGAACAUGAAUGUUCACUAUUUUUUCCCUUUAUCAAAAA